CUACAGGGAGGAGAUGGGGCAGAAGGAGAAGGAGGGACUUCCAGUGUCCUCCAUUGACAUGUGGGGUCUGGCCAUCGAGCACCUCAUCUAUGGGAAGAAAUGGGACAGUACCCUCUCUGACCAGAAGAGGGCGGUGUCAGGGGGACAGAAUCCUCUGCCCAUCUACACAGCUGUGAACAUGAAGACCAGCCUGAAAGGCAUCACAGAGGCCGAGUGGUGUGAAUUUACCCCGUAUGAGGUUGGUUUUCCGAAGUACGGUGCAUUUGUACCCACUGAGGACUUUGGCAGUGAGUACUUCCUGGGUCACCAAGUCAAAAAACUUCCAGAGACUCGUCUGCCUUUCAUGAUAGAGACGGACAACAAGCCGUCCACGCUGGACACCUUCCUGAUCAAACCAGCCACCGACAUGGUGCAGAUGAUCACCAAGUUCUUCACCAACCGACCCUUCAUCACGCAGAUUUACAACUUUAUGCGAGGCCUCUAUCUCCACUGGGACUACAACACCAGUAUUGCUUUCACCACACACACCCUGAUGCCUUUCCGAACCAGUUGA